CAGGAACACAGCGCUGUAGCUAGUUUCGAGUGUGUAAGGAGUUGAAAGUCAGCGGUGACAUGAGCACUAAGUCACAGCUGGGGGGGUGAACCUGCUACGCUCAGUCAUUCUGUCAAAUCAAGACAGGACUUCAUGGAUACCAUCUUUUUCACAUUGUCUUGUUGGCUUCUAGCCCUUUCAUUUGCUGUGUCACCAACGGAAAAACCAACAACCCAAGGCUUAACCGAGACAAACACCAUUACAGACGUGUCAUCUAACUCUUCUGUACCUGUAACUGUUAUUACAACACCGACUAAAGAUACAACUACAUUAACCAGCACAAGUGACAGUCACACAUUCACCAAAAACACAUCAACCACAGCUAAGACAACAGAACAUUUAGAGCCGUUUCAAUCAACAACCACUGAGUCUUCUAUCACAAAUAGCUCAUCAGUGACAGCAACAGAGACAGAGACACCUGGCACACAAACCUCACCGCUUACUUUGCUGACCACACCCACAGCCCUCACCACAACAGGUUAUAUAAGUUCAUCCGAUACUACAGUUAUUACAACUGUAAAUUCAUCCACUAUCAACAUAACCUCACAGUCAGUGCACACAACUACACAUGGUUUGGGACUUAACACUGCAGAGAGGAGUUUGACUAUUGUCUUCUGUUCUAUCCUGGGAGUGUGUGUUGUGGUACUGGUUUUGUUCAUGUUUCACAGAUGCAAACACAAACUCCAGUACAUGCAUCAACCUCUGAAUAAUACAGACAGCACUGGUGGUGCUUUCACAACAGAUGAUGAUACGCUUGUGAUUUCUGGCGGACUUUAUGACGGCCAUCCAAUCUACGACAAUGUACCGACACCGAGAACGGACGAGUCCCAGUUCCGCCUGGAGUUCCUCCAUUAAGACUGUUGAAGUGUUAAAUAUCAUGUUCCACUCUUAUCAUUGUAUUCACACAAUUAAUUUUAGGCCAAAAACUAAAAACCUGUGAAAUUCCAAUUUUAUGUGGCAGCCUAAUGUAAACUGAGGAAAAGAUGACGGGCAAAAAUGGUGCAGGACUCGAACAUUUCUUUUACUGUUAAAACUGUCAAUACACAAACACAAAAAUACAUGACAUAUAUCGGGAUAGUAACAGGAUAGUAACAUAGAACCCUUCCCGCACUAAAACUGUAAAUUUGAGCUGAAUUAAUUCAAUUUCAUGUAAACAACAGUAAAGAUAAAUUACUCCACAAAACACCACCACAAUAAGGAACAAAUUUUUUUUUAGUUUUUCGAAGCUUACAAACAAAUCUUCUAAAUGAAAACAAUGCCUAAAAUGCCUCUUGUUGGCAGUGUAUGGCAAAUAUGCAUGUUGAAUGAAUUUGCUUUCUACUAUCAUGUCUAUGUUCCAUCUAAAAUUUCUAUCUAUGCCCAAGAGGUCAUUAACUUUACUAAAUCGGAACAAGAACACUGUUUACUGCUCUACUGUAGUUAUUACUGAUCUGACCUUGAACUGAAGGCAAAGAUUAGGCAAAGAUUUUUUCCCGAGUCUUCUUUUUUUUGUCACAGCCGGUCACAGCAGUCCAACCAGCAUCUCUCAUCCUUUUCAUUGCAGCUUGCUUCAAGGAUUUUCCUGGUGAUCUAUGAGUGAUAGGACUCUGGAUCUGGAAAGAUGUUAAUCUACACUUUGUAACGUGAAGUGAUUUUUAUGCUGAAAAUGCAUAAACAUGUUUUCAAAGAGCAUUACACAACUAAGCUCAAGUUACCUUUAAAAAUGGAUUGACUUUGCAGUGUGUAUUCAGAAAGCUGGGUACUUUUGUGUUUGUAAAGGUCUGUCAAGAAACAAAUAACUUAUUAUUUUAUUUUGUGCAAAUGGUUCACAUUUGGAAAUUAGUCUGAAAUAAAAAUUACUCACCAAUAUAUCACUUUGAUCAGAACUGUCAGAACUGGGGUCAAACACAGCGGUGCUUUUCCCCAAGCUUGCACUUUUGUCACCAGAUGGAGGCGUCCGAAUUCUGUACACCUGUACAAAAGUAAAGUAAAUGUCAGUAAACAUCAUGAAAAUUUAAUUAAGACUGGGAGAUGUCUGAAUAAAAUCAUACUUUACUUUUAUCUUUGGUGUUGGAACAGCCCUGUUUGUAACCCUUUUUGCGGUUUUCUCAUCUUCCUGCUGGACUUCCUGUAUCAGAGGGUUCAUACAUUAUCAGUAUGAAUUAUGAAUGCUACAAUAAUAGAA